CAUUCUAAAAUGGCGGCGUCCAUGUGUCUUCUCUGAGGAAUAACAUCCGCGAUUGACGGAACGCUUUAGUACCAGGUAGUACGAUGACAGACUUUCAAGAAGAACAGAAGAACGAAAUAGAGGCGUUAGAGUCCAUAUAUCCCAGUGAACUCGAAAUUUUGGAGACAGAACCCUACCAUGUAUUCACGAUCGACGUCAAAGCUGAUGCCGGUGAUCAGCCCGAAGACGAACAAAUGUCUGUGAAACUCAAGUUCACGUACGUACCUCGCUACCCGGAGGAAGGCCCCUUGAUUGAGGCAGCCGAGUUCGAGAACAUAGAAGAGGAGGACGUCGAGACGUUGGUGACGGCACUUAAAGAACAGGUCCAAGAAAACCUUGGCAUGGUCAUGAUUUUCACGCUCGUCUCGACUGCCACUGAGUGGCUGAACCAGCACACGGAGAGCGUCAAAUUCAACAAAAAUGAAGCAUUGAGGCUACAGAAAGAGAAAGAAGAGGAAGCAGAGAGGGUCAAGUUUGAAGGCACCAGAGUUACGGUGGAGAGCUUCUUGGCUUGGAAGAGCAAAUUUGACGCCGAGAUGGCAGAGAUCAGGAACAGGGACAAGAUACUGAACGCAUCCGGCAAACUCACAGGGAGAGAACUCUUUGAGAAAGACAAGAACCUCAUUGACUCUGAUCUCCAAUUCAUGCAAGAAGGGGAGGAAGAUGUCAAAGUGGACGAGUCGCUGUUUCAAGAACUGGAGGAUUUGGACCUGGAAGAACUUGAUGAACCUGAUGAAGUGAAAGCGUGACAUUAGGAGUUUGGCUAUUAACAAAAUUUUUCUUUUAUUACACCAUUGUUCUUGUUUGCUAUGUAAAAAUAAACUUUUCUGGCAUGCACUAAACUUACAGGCAACACUGGCAGUUGAGAGCAUGCAUAGAAUUUCAAGUUAGAAUUUUUCGCAUUUUUCAUUCGAAGACAUGCCCUACAACCUAUGUGCAAGAGCCACAAAGCAACAAAGGCCACUACUG